ACAUUUCUAGGUUAUAGCGCUAUUUUUGCCGUUAUUUCCAGUAUCUAUAGUAAAUUAAUUAGUUGCAUUGUUUACAAAAUGGUGUUAUAUUUUACGAGCGACGUGGUUUCGCCACCCGUUACGUUGUUUAUGGGCGCUGAUAAACAUGAAAAUGAAGAUUUGAUAAAAUGGGGUUGGCCCGAGGAUGUUUGGUUUCACGUGGAUAAAGUGUCAUCCGCUCACGUAUAUUUGCGCCUUGCACCAGGUCAAACUAUAGAUGAUAUACCAAAUUCGGUGUUAGAUGACGCUUGCCAACUAGUCAAAGCAAACUCUAUCAUGGGUAACAAAAUGAAUGACAUUGAUAUAGUUUACACCAUGUGGGCUAAUUUGAAGAAAACAGCAAGCAUGGAGGUUGGCCAAGUAGCAUUCCAUAAAGACAAAGAUGUUAGAAAAGUCAGGGUGGCAAAAAGAAACAAUGAAAUUAUGAACAGAUUGAACAAAACUAAAAAAGAAGCUUUUCCAGACUUAAGACAGGAAAGGGAAUCACGAGAUAGGGAAGAAAGGGAAGAUAAAAAGAAAGUCUUAAGAGACAAGAAAGACAAAGAAAAGGAGGAAGAAAAAAGAAAGAAAGAAGAAGCAGAGUUAAGAAGUUACUCCACACUCAUGAAGAAAGAGAACAUGACUACAAAUUAUGAUGGGAAUGAUUCUGAUGAUUUUAUGUGAAAGAAGAGAUAUUUUUGUUUACUUUUUCAUUGGUUAUUUAUUUGUAAAUUAAAUUAAUCUUACUACAGUAAUGUCAUUACUUUUGGCAUACAGUUAUUCCCACUGAAGUUAAUGCAUCUGUCACCCACUUAGGACAAAUGCCAGUAGGGUACAAUUCAUUGACAAAUCUAGUUACAAACUGCGGGAAAGUAUCAUUUUCUAUAUUCUCUCUCAUUGUUCUCAUUAGGCGCAUCUGUAAAAAUAAACAUUUACAUACUAAAUUAAAUAAAAAAAGCCAAUUAUAUAACCUAUAAUGUAAUUUCAUUGUCAACUUUACAAAUAGAUUCUUUGGCCUAUUUACUGUUUAAGUAGAAAAAUGCAUAUUAAUAACGUACUUGAAAAGCAAUAUUGUGUACAGAAAUAAGAUGACAAGCUACAGUCUCUACUGUAACAAUGCAAUGCAAGUAAGCUCUUGUAUAGGUUGUGCAUGUGGAGCAUGUACAAUCUUUGUCAAUAGGGUUAAGAUCCGUCUCAUAUUUCUUCUGUUUCAAAUUCAG